CGAAGGUUAAGUUCAUUAUCAGGUCACGUUGAGUGAGAUUUCAAUCGCCCUCCUCUUGGACCUUUAAUAUGCGAGUGUAGAGCUGUACAGUACGUCGAAAUAGCUUUGUUAGCGAUCAAACCUCUUUCCAGUUGAUUUUAACCUGAUUAGAAUCAGAGAAAGUGUUCUUUGAUCGACACAGCAACUUCAUACGCAUCAGUAAUGGAGAGAGUUCUAAAAAUACUGAGAGAAAAUAACAUCAAGACUGUUCGAUUUGAACAAUCGCACAUGUACGGUAUGCCACAUGGUCGGUCGAUCCCUGCAAAACAUUUUGGUGAAAAUGCCACGAAUGGUGUGAAUAUGUCGAUGUGUUUUUUGGCAUUCGGCGCGGAAGGUGUACCGUGUAAGAACACAGGCUAUGGCGAAGAGAUCCACAAUGCCGACUGCAAGGCAUUUCCUGACCUGGACACAUUUCAGAUUCUACCGUGGUGUACAAACACGGCUAGGGUCUUGAUCGAAGGAGAGUACAACGGCGAGAAGGUGCCCGCUUACCCUCGGGUUGUUGCCAAACGACAGCUUGAGCGUUUGAAAGAGUUCAAUCUGUGUCUCUGGUCGGCCCAUGAACAUGAAUUCUUCAUAGUCGAUAGAGAAACAAUGAAACCAGUAGAGGAUAAAGGAAAAUGCAUGGGUUUCCUCGGCUUAUCGUUCUAUGAUUCCUUUCUUCAACAAGUGAUAGCUGACCUUCCAAAAGCUGGUGUUGAUAUAGAGAACUACCAGCUUGAAGCCGGUGUCGGCCAGAUGGAGAUCACCUACCGUCCAGAAUUUGGCAUCAAGGCUGCCGACACAGCUACUACUUUCAAGAUGGGCAUCAAGGAGAUCGCACUUCGGCACGGAUAUAUCGCUUCGUUCAUGACUAAACCUUGGCCAGAUGAAUUGGGUUCGUCUGCACACUACUGCCACUCGCUCUGGGAUGCGGAGGGUAAGAUCCCAAAGCUCUAUGACUCGUCAAGUCCUACUGGUUUGUCAGAGAUCGGACAGCAUUGGGUGGCUGGGCUUCUCGCCCAUGCCCGAGCUAUCACAAUCUUUAUGGCACCUACCACAAACUGCCUCAAGAGAUUCAAACGUGAUUCCUGGGCUCCCUGGAGCGCUACCUGGGGUCCUGAUAACCGUUCCUGCUCCAUUAGAGUUAAGCUUGAUGGAGCCAAAGGCACCUACAUAGAAAAUCGGAUCGGUGCAAGUGCGUGCAAUCCCUACAUCAGCAUGGCUGCGACGAUUGCUGCAGGGUUAGAUGGUAUAAUCAAGAAGCUUCCUCUCCCAGAAGGCAUCGAUGGUGCGAGAGACGGGUACUCCAAUCUCCCAGAGGGAAUAGAGAUAUUACCGAACAACAUGGAAGAAGCCGUGGGGUCUUUACUGGAAGAUGAUGUCAUCACUGACGCCCUCGGUCCCGAGUUUAUUAAAUGCUUCGUUGCCGUAAAGAGACACGAAAUGCAGUUGGAAAAGGAAGCAAUGUCAAAAGGGAAUCUUGCUGAGUGGGAGAGAGACUACCUCUUUUUCUCUAUGUAAGACAUUGUCAUACUUUCCAUAACACUAUUGAAAUAAUAUUACUGUAUUCAUUGGGGAACAAUAAAUAUAUAAAUUUUGUUUUGCACUGUUAAAAUCCCUAGACAGGUACAAAGUCUGAAUUGCUUUGCGACCGUUCCAUGAUUAAAUACAAACUCAUUCUAAGUGCAUGCGUCACAUCUGAAUUUUGUUAUAUCAUGUAACAUGUAAAAGCAAAUUUAUACACAAAAACAUUAAUUGAGUACAAUAUAUUAUGCAAGCUUUUAAAUCAUCUGCUUCAUCACAUGCCAUUCCUUUAUAUACAUGUAUAUAUUUUUUUAUAUCAAUGUAAUUUCUUCAUAACUUGCAUUUUGUAGAAUCAAUAAUGAUAAUGACUAAGAUAUAAUGAAAUACACAAUAAGAUGCGUCCAUUCCUGCAUUUAUUUCGUUAGACAAUCUCUGCAAAUACACACACACACUCACACUCUUUGUCACACAACGCACACGCGGCACACCGACAGUUCGUUCCAAGCACACGCCUUCAUGAACCCACCCCGAGAUAUGUUUAAGUGUCAGUGUAUGAAAUAUAUGGCGAAUUAUGUAUAAAAAUUUUGAAAAAAAAUCAAUCAUAUCGCUUCAUGUUACGCCCCUCAGAUAUUCAGCAAUGAGCAGAAUUAUCACUCAGAAUCAAGUAAAGUAACAACAAUAGACUGUUCUUCCACUAUACCGUGCAGAUAAAAGCAUACAAUUCAAAAUAACAUUUUGUCCAACAUAAUGGCAAAUAAUGCAUACAAUCUAAAGUACAAACGAAAAUACCAGCUGAAUAUAAUAUAGGUUAUAAAAGUAGGAAGUAAAUGAAAUAUGAACGGAUUACUUAAGAGGUAUAACAGGCUGAAAUGACUUCCAUAUUUGUAAUUUACACACUUUAUGUCUGGUUCUCUUGUAGUUUAUUCACACGCAUUUGACUUGAGAAAACAUGUUCUAUAUCAACAAAGUUAUGUACUGUUCGCCAUCAUUAUUCUGUUUGAAUUUGUACACUUGUAGUCGUUUUUACUGCUUAUUUUAUUGACAAUAAAAUGAUAUUUUACCUCACCUCAUAAUAUUAGUAUCACGGGUUAUUCACACUUCUCAUUGUAAGCUGAAAAUGCUCAUGAUAAUUAUGAUUUAAAUAAAGAGAGGAAACUUAUAUAAGCAUCAUUGAAAUUUUUUAUAGAUGUCGGAUGAAACAGUUUUUCGAAUUUAAAGAAGUUUUACAU